AUGGCACCACUCCGUUGGGGAAUUGCAGGUGCCGGCAAGAUUUCACACGAUUUCACAAAUGCUGUCGGAACGCUACCGGCAACGGACCAUCAGGUAGUGGCAGUAGCUGCUCGAAAACUGCAGGAUGCUGAAAAAUUUGCGGCCCACCAUGGCAUCGGCACGGCACACGAAGGAUAUGAGGCGUUGGCGAAAAACCCAAACGUUGAUGUCGUUUACAUUGGGGCGGUUAAUAACGUACACUACGAGUUAGGACUGUUGAUGCUCGAGCACGGAAAGCAUGUGUUGUGCGAGAAGCCGCUCUGCCUGAAUGAAGGCCAAUCGAAGCAACUUGUCAAGCGAGCGGCUGAGCGGAAUCUCUUCCUAAUGGAAGGUAUUUGGUCGCGGUUUUUCCCAUUUUAUCGACAGCUUCGCGAGCGUAUUGCCCAUGGAGAUUUGGGCGAUAUUCGCGAAGUGGAGGUAGAGUUCGGAUUUGUACUGUCCGACAUCGAUCGCUUGCGGCUGAAAAGUCUCGGAGGUGGUACCGUGCUGGAUCUAGGUGUCUACACGAUCCAGGUGUGCCUGUGGGCUUUUGAUGGCAAAGCUCCCGAAAAAGUGGUGGCAUCUGGUGUAACCAACGAUGAUGGUGUUGAUGUGGAGGUAACCGCAGAAUUGCACUUUCCUGGCGGCACAAUUGGACGUAUGACAACGAGUGCUUUGCGUCAGCUGAAGAAUAUCGCAAUAGUGCGUGGCACUAAAGGCAGUGUAACGCUGCAUGAUUUCUGGUGUCCAUUAAAGCUGACCGAUGUGGAUGGUACAACACGAGAAGAUACGUUACCUAUCGCUCGACAUCCUUUCAACUUUAUGAACAGUUGUGGGCUACGAUACGAAGCAGAGGAAAUAAGACAAUGCAUUGCCGCUGGUCGACUGCAAUCGACGUCAGUAUCACAUGCAGAUAGUUUGACGAUUGCACAUAUUCAGGACGACAUUCGCAAGCAGAUUGGGGUGAGCUUCCCGGAAGAUACCCAAUUCGCUAUAUAG